GGUAUUUGGGCCUUAUCCAUGGUCCUGCGUCAGUGAAACAGCUCUGUUAUACAUGUUUGACUCUCACACUCACACUCAGACUCACACUCGCCCUUAACCUCCAAGAGGCGCUGGCUGAUGGCUAAACUUUCUUGGGAGAUGAAUCAUACCCGUACCACUAUCACCAUUUCUCAGCAGUUGAAGAAAGUUGUUAACUCUGCUUCGCCAUCAACUUUCGCAUACCUUUGAGAAUUACAGUUAAAAUGAAAACUAUUUAAAGCAGUCGCAUUGAAUCGAACGAAGAUGUUUAAUUUAAGGCGACCUUCCUUCUUUCACGUUUUCUCUUCCAAUAUAAGCGCAGAACGACUGAAAAUUCCAACAAAGUUCGUCAAACACAUGGGAUGCAAAACCUCUGGAUCAGUCUCAUUAAUGGGGCCUAGUGGGAACACAUGGCAUGUUAACUUGAUUCAACUGAAUAAUGAUUUAUUCUUUGAUCAAGGAUGGCCAACAUUUAUGAGUGACCAUUUCUUGGAAUGUGGUGACCUUUUGGUUUUCAGAUAUGAUGGUGAGUUGCAUUUUACUGUGCAAGUAUUUGAUCAGAGUGCGUGUGAGAAGGAGGAUGCUUUUAAUUCCAAAUGCAGCCUAGAUUCUAGCUUUGACAAUAGUACAUGGCAGAAGAGGGAAAGGGAAGAGGUGGCUUCCCUUUCAGAAAGAGUUUUUCAAGGUGUGCCAAAGAAAAAUAAAGGAAACUUUUCUGAACUUCAAAUGGAGUGGAUACACAAGGACCAGGAAGCAAAUUCCUGUGAGGAAACAGACCAGAAUUGUACUCCAUCUUAUAGUUUUUCCUUGCCUGCUCAAUCAAAACCUUGUAAUUUAAAGCCAGAACAUGAAGAGAAAAAAGUUGCUCAAUCUUUCAAUUCAUCUUUCCCCUAUUUUGUCCGAAUAAUGAAGAGAUUCAACAUUAGUGGCUCACACACUCUGAAUAUUCCAUACCAGUUCGCAAUGGAACAUCUUCCAAACUGUAAAACAGAGAUUGUUCUCUGUAACCUGAAAGGAGAAAAUUGGAUUGUGAAUUCAGUGCCAACUACGAAAGUGCAUACAAGUCAUACUUUUUGUGGAGGAUGGAUGGCUUUUGUUCGCAGUAAUGAGAUCAAAAUGGGUGACAUCUGUAUUUUUGAACUUGUGCGAAAAUGUGAAUUUUGUGUGCAUAUUCUUAGAGUUGGAAAGGAAGACGUACAUGGUCAAAGUGAAGAAGUAGCUUUAAGUGGGUCAUAUGUUGGGUCUGCUUCCAUUUCAUACAAAAAUGAUGGUUUGUCAAAGACAGUGAAGAACUCUCUAAAGAUUUAUUCAAAAUGCAUGAAAAAGGUACAAAUAUGCAGUUUGCAAGUGUCCAAGACUUGUGACACAAGAAACCAUGUUGGUGCAACAAGGAAUUCUUCUUAUGCUGCACUAUGCGCUCAGUCAAAAACAACCGAAAAGCCAGAGGCAGCUAACCACAGUAGAAAUAAUGUUGAAGCUGAUCUGGGUUCACCAACCAGUGGUCAUUUGAGAAUCAUGAUGACACUUGAUGAACAAAAAGCUGCCCGAUCUUUUACUUCACAUGUACCUCAUUUUGUGAGAAUAAUGAGGAAGUUCAACAUCAGUGGAUCAUAUACUUUGAAAAUCCCAUAUAAGUUCUCUAUGGCAUAUCUUCCUCAUUGCAAAACAGAGAUUCUCCUUCGAAAUUUGAAAGGGGAAUGUUGGACAGUGAAUUCAGUUCCAGAUUCAAAAGGGCGAAUGUUCCAUACUUUUUGUGGUGGGUGGAUGGCUUUUGUUCGUGGUAAUGACAUCAAAAUUCUGGAUAUUUGCAUAUUUGAACUAAUUAACAAGAGUGAAAUGUGUGUCCGUAUAUCUGGAGUUGGAAGAAAAGAGCUAGACCAUCCAAGUGGAAAAUCAAAUAAAAAUUGAAUAAUCUACUGAAAUAGGCAUAAGAAAGAGACUGACGUUUACCGUACACAUGAAUUGUUUUCUGCAGGAUGUUUUUUCUUUAAAAAUUAGAAUUUUUCCAGACGGCCAAGUGGCCAACCAGGCGAGACCUGCAUACCUGGAUUCAAGGGGUAGAGAUAGUCUGCAACCUGUUUAUCAAACUGCCACAGCGUUGUGUCUUUCUCCCAAGCGGCAUCUGUCUCUGGUUUUCCUUUCCAUAAAACCAAAAAUUUUGUUCUUCAGUUCUUCUUACUCUGCCCCAUUGUUCUGUGAUCCAAGAGCCUCUCAGCCUUUUGAUCACAUUGCUUCUGUACGACGGGUGAGGUAUUUUUCAUUCAUUUCCUUGUUGGAUCAUCACUGUUUUCAGGAAAUUCCUUCAGGAAACUAAGAAGAAAAAUUGGGUGCCCCUUAAGUCUUUGUGGCUAUAUCAGCUGAUAAACUACAUGAACCACUUUUUGUACGGUCUUGAAGGGUCCAUCGUACUUCAGAAUCAACCCUUUAUGCACUGUUUUUCUAAUGAUUUUCUUCUAGAUUUGCGGAGUCAAUUUCAGUAGCAUUCUAACCCCUAUGUUGAAUUCAAGAGCUCUCUUGUGCUGAUCUAUAUACUUUCAUUUGGUUUGCAA